GUCGCCAUUACGGCUGUCGCCAUUUAUGCGAAGUACUUGUGAAUUCGGAAUUUUUUCUCAAUAUAUGGCCGAAUUGAGGUUUAUGGGUUGAGGUUUUAUCUUCAAUUUUAUUUCAAGAACAUGGAGUGACAAUGAAUCACCCAAAUCCAUCAGGCAACGGCUGUUCUCUGGAGGAUUGUUACGCCAACAUAUUUGCAUUGACGGAUAUUUGCGGGAUAAAAUGGAGGAAAUUGACAGCCAAAGCUGAUUAUAGCCCAAAUACGGUUGAUCAUUUGGAGGACCCCGUGCUCGAGUCCUAUUCCAGAUGCAUUCAGGCCGAUAUUCUCUGUGUUUGGAGAAGGGUACAAAGGUAUUCGGACCAACCACAGAGGGUUAUAGAUCAGCUGUCCCACCAUAAGGAGUUGUGGAUAUUUUGGUAUGGUGAUGAACCGUCUGUCCUUGGUAACCUCCUGUCUCCAUAUUUAGAUGAAUCUGAACAUGGAUCAUGGGAUAAAGACAAAGAUAAAGACAAGGAUAACUCUCUCUCUUAUGAGUGCCGUACAUUACUCUUUAAAGCCCUUCAUAACCUCAUAGAAAAAUGUCUGUUAAGUAAAGGUUUUGCCAGGCUCGGAAGAUGGUUUGUGCAACCUUUUGACUCCACUCAAGCCAACACAGAAAGAGGAACUCAUCUGUCCUUCAGUUUCAACUUUUUCCUGCAUGGAGAAAGCUCUGUGUGUGGCAGUAUUGAUGUUAAACAACACCCACCUGUAUGGAAUCUAACUCCACAGCACUUGACAUUGGCACAAGAAAAUCAGGCCAAUUUCCAAGUCAUCCUUGCACCCUAUGGAUUAAAUGGAACCCUGACUGGAAAUUCCUACAGAGAAACCGACCAAUCGGCCCACAAAAUUCUGGAGGAAUGGGGACGAUUUUACCCCCUUAAUGCUGAUGAUCUGAAAGAUGAUGCAAGUCGCCCACCUCCUCUGGUGGAAGUAAUUGUUGCUGGAGUCCGAAUGAAGUACCCAUCUUGUUAUGUGUUCUUAUGUGACUCUGAAGAAUCUCCAGCUCGUGCAGCCCCACUCUGUUACUCCACAUCUCGUGGUCAAUCAGGUGGUCAAAUGACUCCGCCAGUCUCACCAGAAAAUCUAGUUGGGGGUGAAACUGGUAUCAAAAUACUACCUUCCCUCCACUACUCUGGCAAUCCAAGUGAACUCAACACAGAUAUAGUAGCUAAUACUGCAAAUGCAUUCAGUAUCCAGAUACGCAACAGAGUCAGUCAGGAUAACUGUGUCACAUCAGGCAUAGUCAAAAGAUCAACUGAAACCUACAAUGACAGCAAUGUUGCAGGGGUAUGGGAAUUCAACGAUCCCACUGCUAAAACAAACUGCAACUGUCUAAGACACAGAGCAAACAAAGCAAAGCAGAGUCUGGCGAGUCAUGGGAAAGGUCCCAAUACCGCUGGUACCAAGCAUCAGAAGGGGGAGAACCCAGAGAAACUUGAUCGUCAGCAAUCACGUGUGAAUCGAAGUUUAACUUCUUUCCACAGACGAGCACCCUUGACUGACGAUUUGCUUCAGUUUGACAUGAUGGGGAUGAUGCCACAAGUUCAACCUCUUCCUCCACCUACUGCCAACUUCAGCUCUACGGCAAGUGCCAAUGUGUUGCCCCAGCUUAAUGAGGGAGUUGGAGUGGAGUCUCCAUCUCCAGCAGCCCCCUCACCAUUGGACGAGCCCCACAGUCAGACUGUUGUCAACCCCAGCGUUGACCCCACCAUGCCUAAACUUAGCCCCCACCCUCCAGCUGAGGAAACAGCUGAAAAGGAAGUGGGUGCAGCAGUUGGAAAGCCUGCUGCAGAAAGUGUUAUCAAUGGAGGAGUGGACAAUGUUGCCAAACCGACAGAAAAUGCCUCCUCAGUCUCCCAAAAGGCUUUGACAGACAGUGUAUUUUCACCUAACUCAUGGCCAACAAGCCAAGGAGACAUUGUUAAGAAUUCUAAUGUAAAUAGCUGGAUUUCGUCUCAGCAACGCCAGAUUGAUUCUAUGAACCUGAAAAGGCCUGUUUUACCUUCAAAGGACUGUGAACAAGAUGAACUAGUCACAAAUGCUUUAUACAGCUUUGAACAAGUCAAUGUAUGGAAUAACUUUCCUGUGAAAAAGGCCAGAGUUGAGGGUCUGUAUCUGGCCAACUUAAUGGGAUCACAGGUUCCUCAUGAUCCACGUCAGAAUAGUAUGCCAAGCCCGGCCCAGAAAAAUCACAAGCCCUCAACACCCCAGCCCUCAGCUCCAGACAUAUAUGAGUUCUCUGACGAAGCCUCUAUCAACCCAUCCCCAAUCUCAACACGAAGCUUUCGAAGCAGUCGUGAUGAUCGUUCUUCAUUUAGUAAAAUGGAAGACGACAAGGACCCCAGUAGACACAAUAGUGAUUCUUUUAUGUUUCCUGAUCGUGCAUCGCAUGGAGGAGAAUCGUUGGGUUCACCACCUGAGACACCAAAUCCUGUCCCGACACCUAGCCUGACACAUGAGUAUGAUCUCCGACCAACUCAGAGUGAUCUGGAUCACAUCUUUGAUGACUCGGAUAACGAGGAUCCUUUUACUAGUCCAAGUGUAGUUGCAGAAAAGGCAACAGAGGAAAAGAAGUUUCCAGCAUCCCUUGCAAGUGCUGUGAUAAGUGAUGGAUCAAUAGCUGCUUCAGAGUUGAUGAGGAUGUAUCCCACUCCACCGUCUAACCCAGAGUCCUGUCAUGACACGGCCAUGGAGGUGUCCUGUGUUGAAAUAAAGCCAGUAAUCAAAUCAGAGAUCUUCCAGUGUGGCAGUAACCCAGUGGAAGACUUUUCUAGGGAUUGGUCUUAUGUGUACAAUCAGCCAACUGCGGCUCGGUUUGACAUGUCAAGUAAAUACUCGCCAGUCGAUCUUCCUAGUGCUAAUGGUCAGUUGUCUCCUAUCCAACAACCACCUGACUACAAAGCAUCAUGGCAGUUCCAGAUGCCCAUCAUGGAAAAACCGAACCCAACAAGUUAUAUAAAUGUGCCGUCCAUAGAGAACAUCCCCAGUCUCUCUUCACGCAUGCCCUCUAGUGCUGUGGCGGCGUCGCCAGCCCCGUUCCAGAACAGUGUUGGCCAGCAGCGCACUCCCAUGUCAUAUGAGCUUCAGUCUCCAGCAUCUAAUGCAUCGUCUUAUCUUAACAAGACUCUCAACUCUAUAGACAAUUCAGGCACAAACAAUCAGAUGCCAGAGGUACACAGUCUCAUCGUUAACAUAACAUUGUCUGACUCGAGACUCAACUUAUUCCGUGAUUAUAACUUUGAUAGCUGCAAUAUUUGUGUGUGUCAGAUGAGCAUUAAGGGUGUGGACGUGGGACUUUACAUGCCCGACCCAAGUGGUGCUCCUCCCGAGCCACCAGAACGGUGCUCGUGUGGCUUCAGUGCUGUUGUGAAUCGUCGAGUUGGACACAAUGCUGGCCUGUUUUAUGAGGAUGAGGUAGAGAUUACAGGCAUACGCGAUGAUCGUUACGACCAAAGGAAACCUAGUUUGUUAGCUAUGGAAUACCAACAAAAAGACAAUAAUAAGUCCGAAGACUUCAAUCAAAUGGAAAUGGAGUUACUUUUAGGACAGUUUACAAUGCCCUACUCUUCAUUCGCUGCUACAGAUCACAUGUUCAAACUAUGGCUCUCCAACUCUUCACAUUAUUCAGGAUCAGUCUUUGAUCUUCUGCAGCUACAGGAUGGAAAUGAGGUGUCAUAUCAGGCACUGGACCAGGGACGUCAGGCCAUGGAACACUGCCCACCAUGUAAACUAGAUGAUCCACAUAUGAAGAAGAGCUGCCUUCACAAGUGGCAGUUUCUACAAGGUGCUGGAAGGAUUCCACAGAACUCUCAAGACAGCGUUCGUCUUCUGAAGACCCUCCAGCCCUUACUGCAGGAUGCCAUACAGAACAGUCGAGUAACAAGGUUGUGGGAACACACUUACAAACUGUCAGGUCCUCUCACCUGGAAAGAGUUUCACCAGCUGGCUGGCAGAGGUGCAGAUGAGAAUUCAGCUCCUCAGCCGAUCCCUUCAUUCCUUGUUGGUUACGACCGAGACUGGCUCUCUGUCUCACCACAUGCUUUGCAUUUUUGGGAUAAGCAGUUCCUGGAACCCUAUGGUAAACCUCGUGAUAUUGCCUAUGUGGUGUUAUCUCCGGAAAAUGAUUAUAUUGUCAAUGCUGUGAAGCUGUUCUUCAAAGAGCUCAGCACUGUGUAUGGUAUGUCUAAGAUGGGAAGGCACUGUCCAGCUUCCAAGGUUCUCCGUGAUGGCAUUAUGAGGGUCGGCAGGAAGGCUGCAGAGACUGUAGUGAAUGAGUCUGUGGAUGAAUGGUUCACACAAAUUGGAGAUUCACCUGUAGCUGAAAAACUGAGACUCUACGCAAAAGUUUGCUUGCAUCGUUUAUCACCAUAUCUGUCACAAAAUAUGGACAUGAAGUCUUUGUUUGAACCAACGACAACACACAGACCUGGCUACAAGACACCAGACUCUUCAGCACCCAUCCCUACGCCUGCCUCUUCUGUUCCCAACUUGCAAUCAGAUCACUCCACAUUCAAUGUACCUACAUCACAGGCAAACUCCUCCGAGGACAAAGAAAAUUCCACUCAGGAGAAUGGGGAACCACAGAAGGACAUGAGUUUUGGUAGACAAGACGAUGAAGACGAAAACACAAACUGUCCAGCAUUGGUCAUUUACAUUGUCAAUCCCUUCACCUAUGGCCAUGAGUGGGAUAGCAGUCUUGACAGGCUUGUCCACACAGGGCUUCUCAAAUGUUAUCAGGCCCUUGUCAAAACACUACCUCCUCAACUACAACAGAAUAUUAAUCUACAGAUGGUUCCCCUUAAGACAAUCCUGGAGAAUACUGAAAAAGGUAGUAACACACAGCUGUUGAAGUCCAUGUCAUUUUCUGUGUUCAAUAUGUGUGGCUGGAACCUAGUACACACGGUUAUGGGCAGGUCCCUUACCGGGUUUGGUCCUGCUGCUGCAGCCGACCGCCUUCUCAAGAAAAAAGAGGUUGAAAAGAACCGUUUGUACAGUCCUCCAUUUAUUCUGGCCCCCACCAAGGACAAGCAGGCCAUACUAGCUGAGUCAACAUGUGGGGAGAAGAUUGAGAAGAGUAAUGUCCUGUUCUGUGUGUACUGUCUGUCGGAGGACCAGCGCUGGCUGCUGGGCGUCUGUACUGACGAAUGUGGUGAACUCAUGGAGACUUGUACAAUUAACAUCGAAAUUCCUAAUAGAAAUAGACGUCGGAAAGCAUCUGCAAGGAAGAUAGGUCUGAAGAAAUACUGGGACUUCAUACUUGGAGUUGUAUCAGUUGUGGCUAGCCCUUGUCGUCUGGUUAUAAGUCGAUUUGGGCGGAUUGGUCAUGGAGAAAUGAAAGGUUGGUCUGGCCUCCUGAGCAAGAAAAACAUUAUGAGGGUAAGCAAGCAGGUGAAGGAAUCUUGUGUGCAGUGUUCCCUUCUCAGUAGUACAGACGUACCUGGAGUAGUUAGCGCCUGUCUUGUCUCCCUUGAAGCUCAACCCUCCUUCCAUAUCAUGGCUGACGCUGUUAAACUGGAGGAAAAGAUGUCUUCUAAGUGUCCUCUACAGACUCCACGCGACACCUCUGUCACUCACAUACUCGUCUUCCCAACCUCGGCUAAAGCUCAGGCUAAUUCCAGUGCGAGUGAGCCUUCAGGAGGAAUGGACAUUGUCAAUCAUAAUUUAAUGGAGGAUAACAUCCUUGAGUGUUUAGAAACAGAUUUCAAUGCUGACACAGACGAGGACUUGUCCUUCCUCAACUUGUUUGAAUCACUGAAAAGUGACCCCCUCCCUAACAUCCCUGGAUCUCCAACUGGAAUGGACACUGGUCAUCACCCUUCAAUUGGCAUGAACGACCACUCAUCUAUUGGACAGAAUAUGUCUGGAUCGGAUCCCCAGGAUGAGCCUACAAACCUCCUACAGCAGCCCUUGGCUAUGGGGUACUACUUAUCCACAGCACGUCAUGGUCCACUCCCACGCUGGUUCUGGUCAUCUGCUCCUGAGAAUGAAAACCACACCCUCUCCUGCUUCAAGGCUGCACUCCAUGUACAUAAUUCACAAAAACAUGACGACUUCAUGCAGUCAACACAGAAUAGGAAUUCUCAUCCAUUGGACUCUGGCCUUACUUGUGAUGUGCUGAGGUAUGUUUUGGAGAACUUCAACUCGUUGUCAUGGUUAACGUAUGAUGUGGUGGAGAAUGAUCGUCAGUCCUGUCUGCCCAUACACUUUGUAGUGUUGCUACAGAUGUACCAUGCAUUGAAUGCAUUUGUGUGAUAGAAAUUCUGAAAACUAAACGGACAGAUGAGGCAGAGUGGAAAAGAUAACACAUGAACAAGUUAUGUGUGGUGCUAUAGGUGAGAGCAACAGCUCCGAUGCCUGUUAGGUUUGUGAGCUACAAAGAAUUCAAAAGAAUGCAUCUGUCUCAAAAAAUCAGAUAAUGGACUGAUCAACAGAUAAGAAUAAAAGAUGUGAUACUGUUGAAAGUUGUGUGAGUUCACAAAGGACAGACAGGAGCGACAGAAGUGGUGCUAUAUGCAUUUGUCUUGAGAUGGAACUAGUAGAAUACAGGACGAUUAGACCUAUGUUCUUACCGGUACGAGUGGUGCUACUGACAGAAAUCAUUCAUGGACUACAGGGAGGGAUAAUAAAGAUGUCCACAAAGCAUUGUUAACAGUAGUGGUGCAGUUAACGGCUGGUGUCCUGGAGAGAAAAAAAGGUUGUGGUGCUACUUCGAGAUGAGUAGUACAGGACAGACAUUUAAAUUAUACAUAGAUGUGCUAUAAAGUAUGUACUAUGUCAACAAGCGCAAAAUACAAAAGGAGGUAAAUAUUGGAUAGGGUCUAACCAUAGUAUAAGAAUCUCUGUACAGGAUCAGAUGGACUAUUGAUCUCGUUUCUUUUUACACUGUACAAGCAUUGUGUUUGAGAGAAAUCUAUAGGUGAUAUGCAUGUUAAUGUCAGAUUAUGUGUCAAGUCAUGAAUGUAUCCCACUAAAAUCUGUCUGUUGGCAAAAUAUUCUAAAUGAAAUGAAUGGAAAACCUCAGGGAGGAAAUUAUUAGUUUAAAUUUAUUGAGUAUUUGUUAAUAUUAUGAACAGAAAACUGGCAAUAUAAAGCCAGAAACAAAAUGGAUUAAUUUAUUUGUUAGAGCUUGCUUGUUUUCUUUGACCUAGAUGUGUGACAUUUUGUAUUCACAAAUUAUAAUGAAACAACACCCAACCCCUCUAUUUAUUUUUGAUGAAGAUCAAAGUGGAUUUCAAUAUGUGAUAGAAAACUGACUUGCUGUGUUAUUUAAGUUAAAUAUUAUUGCUACAGUCAAACUACAAAACAUGAAAAGGGUAUUUAAGAAAUCUUUUUCUGUCUGAUUUUUUUUUUAGAUGGUAGGAUAUACUGGAUCAUAGAAAGAAUACUCCAUGUUAUAUCCCAUUAUGUCCCUGCAUCUCGGCCCCAUUUCCCAUGCCUUAUAUUAUCCUGCAUGUAGAAGUGUCAAGUCAUCUGGACUCAAUGGUGAAAUGUCUAUUUAUCCUUACUUAACUAUGGUACAUUCUUGUUGAAAUGCAAAAGAAAAUGAUAUGGAUAAAAACAAUGAUAUUUAUAAGUCGCAAUAACACAAAGGCUGCUAAUCCAAUCUCAUUCGAACAUGAUACAAGUUUGUGUUGCACCAAAUAAACAACAGUUAUUUGAUACAAAUGUUGGAAUAUGUUGUCAAGAGGCAGAAAAUUCAAUAAGAGGCAGCUGCAGGUGAUUUGUUACCUGUUCGAAUUGUAGCUACUACAUAUACUUGCUUGGUUAAUAGUAUAUCCAAACAGCUGCUUCAAGUAUAUCAAACACUACUUGUUGACAUUUAGUGAAUUGAAAUCUCGUUAAGAAUCAGCCUUUGAAAUCAUGGUUAACUUUGUCAAAAUUUUGACAAGUUCAUGGGUCAAAAUUCUAAUUUGUGAUAUAUGUGUUUCCAUCACUAUUUCUUAUUUAAGUAAAGCAUCAUGCAAUUGUCAGGUAUAUAUAUAUGUACCAUAAGACAAAACUGAAAAAAAGUGGGGGGGGGGGGGGGAGCAAAUUUCUAAACUCUCUUGAAGCAAAUUACUAAACUCUCUUGAAGUAAUGUUGUAUGUUUACAUACAUGGAUUUAGACACAUGUACAUAAAAAAGAUGGAUCUGUUAUAAUGAUGAGGACCGUAGUAUUCCGAUGGCACGUGAGGGAUUUUGUGUAGUUUCCGAUGCCACAGCACAAUUAAAUCAGCUAAAACAGUUUGAUUGCAUCUUUGCUUUUAAUGCAUUAAGUACCAUGCAUAUUCUUAUUCAGUUGAUGAACAAGUUAUCAGCAUGCUUUUUCCCAAGGGAUAUUGAUUAGGACCAUCUCAAAUCUCUAAGAUCUAAAUGCUCAAAAAGUAGCCAACCAUAAUAUUAUUUUGUGCAAUCUCAUAAUACAGUCACCCUGGCACAAUACUCUGGCAAUUUGUAUUAAAAGUUUUGAAGAAUUUAGUGUUUUGUUUGCCAGUGCUAUUAAACCUGACAGUGUAAAUUAUUUUAUAUCAAUGAAAUGAUUGUGUAAUGAAAAUUUGUUAACUGUUGAUACGUUUAUAUACAUAAAUUUUUAUACAUGAAUGUAAAGUGCUGAAAGCUAAGCUUUAGGAUGAUAAUACCGCUGAUGCAAUAUGGCAUCUAAAAACCAGUUUCUGGUUUCCAGAACGUCAUAUGUCGAUGAAUAAGCAUGUUAAAAUCAUUCCUGUGGUUCAAGAUAACAAAGAGGCACAGAAAGGGUGACUUAUGACCUUGAGUUUUUGUUUUUCAUGAUAACCUGAAAUUGCUGUCUCAAUUCAUAGCAAUAUCGAUAUCGAUCCUUUGCUUCAGAUUCCUGUUGAAAUGCUAUUGCUGAAUUGCCAUUGAUGAAAGUCAGUUGUUUGUUAUCUAUUGUUUGAAGAUAUUUAGUAUAAAUUAUUCAACAUUCCAUUAGAUUUUACAGCUAUACCAAACAAAACCACAUAGAUUAUAUAUCAGACAGUUAGAAAAUCUACAUAAUAGAUAUACUUAGCUGCUAGCUGAUGCUUAUGUAACACUUGUAACAUAGUACUCAAAGUACAGAGAUUAACCAUACCAAGGACAGGUAAUCCCUUACAUAAGAGUGAAGUAUGUUAGAACUAUAAAGGAAAAUAGAAUCUAGUCACAAUUUCUACGGACAGAUAUUAGAUUGGCAAGUGUUUGCGGAAUUAGACAUUUAACUACAGUAUUUUUUUGUAGUACAUUGUAGUACCGAGGACCCCUUCACAAUGUUACUAGUCGGAUGUUGGCUGAAGGUAAUAUCCUCAGUACUAUAUAUUUAAUGGCUAUACAUAGGUGGCAUCAAAACUUUAUAAUGCAAUGAAAUUCAGAAAAUAUUAUUUUGACAAUCAUGAUCAGCACUGAAUAUUUAUCUACAGGCAUAA